AUGGGUCAUCCCGCGGGAUCUGCCGGCGAGGCCAAGCGCGAAGAGGCUGAGUUUCAUUCGCCUUCGUCUCCACGGUCUUCGCGAGAGGUGAUCUAUCGGAGGUCGACGAGCAGCAGCGUAGGUGCCUCUUCCCCCUCCGCGUCUUCACGGCCAGAUCGAGGUCGGGGUGCGUCUCCCCAAAGAACGUUUUCCUCCUUCAGUUUCGCCUCUCUUGCCUCUGCCGUCACUUCCCUGCAUCGAGGCGCCUCCUCUGAACUGCUCCCGCGGAGGGCGAGAAACCGGAGCAGUGAAUCCGUCUCUCCUUCGGAAACUGCGUCUCUAAACCUCCCCUCCAGUCCUUCCUCUUCCUCUUCUUCUGCCGGAGAGUGUCCGCCGAUUUCUGGAAGCAGAGAGCAUGGAGGGGCAACACAGGAGGAAGACAAAGAAGACUCGGGGCUGGCCGACAAGGAGCGAGGACGGCUCGAUGAUUCGCGAGUCGAUGACUUCGACAUGCACGGGGCCCUCGUUUUCGACGACUACGACUUGCUCAAUUAUCCUCCCACCGCGCUCUCUCUCUCGAUGAGUCGAGCUUCCAGUCUCUCUACAGCACCGCACAGAAAAACAGUCCAAGACGGCACCGCUCUGUGUCCCGUUUCUGCAGCCGAAAGCGCGCGUCGAACCGGAGAGGCAACGGACGGAACAGUUGGUGCGCCGAGCGAGGAGGGAACGCGAGACUCUCCCCCCGACAGUUCUUCCAGAUUUCUCACUGGCGGCGGCACGGCAGAUUGCAUGGAGGACCCGGUGGGAAGCGGAGGAGUCGAAGGAAGAGCGAGACAGGCAACAGAAAAUGCAGUUGCGGAAAUCCCCAUCGAAGACGACGGGACAUCUCUCCUUGUUGAUGAAGCGCCCAGCAUCACACCACCCGACCGCUCUGACUGCUUCCGUCUUUCCUCUUCCUCUCUCUUCCCGUUCUUUUGGUCUUCUUCCUCUUCGUCCUCUUCUUUUCCUUCCUCCUCUUCCUCUUCUUUCCCCUCUUCCUCUUCUUUCUCUCCAGAGGUGCGUGCGUAUUCGCGUGGAAAUCUGCGAGGAGCAGCUGCGGUGGCAGCAGCGGCUGUCUCUUCUCUCAGUCGAGACUCUCUGGGGACGGGCGAGGCCCGCCUUCUCUGGCACCCGUUGAUUACGCGCUGUGUGUACGGUCCUCUCGCCAAGGCGCGUUUCUACCUGAUGAUGCAUCCGGAAGAAGCUGCAGAUGCCGUCGUCGUUCUCCGCCUCUCCGAUUUCCUAGUGCGCCGCAGCCUCACAAGAAUCCCUGGAGACGCAACAGAACUCGAGGCAACGCCUACCCAGAAGAGGGCCAAGAAACAGAUAGAGAAAGAGACGGAGGAGGUAGAUGGGGAAGAAGAGAGAGGCAGACUGCGAGAGGGAGAGGGUGAGAGCCACGGGGAAGGGCGAAGCGUGGGAGACAGGGACGGAGAGAGAGGGGCGGAUAGAGAAGGAAGAGGGCCAUCCGUUUUCGAGCGAGGAAACGUCGCAGUGGACGUUGCUGCAGUGGAAAUGGAAGUUCUUCAAAUCUAUCGUCGGAAGCCUCAGGGCAUCGUGAUCCUCAACGAUCUGCCGUUGUCGUGUCCAGCGUUUUUGCGCGUUGAGGACAAAGAGGCGAAACAAGCCAAAGAGAAGCAAAAAAAGGGAGAGGCGAUGGAGGAGAGAGAACGAGAGACGCGCGAGCCGCGAGGGAUCCCCACUGACCCAAGUGUCGCCCAGUUCCUUCCUGACUCCUCCAGCGACUCGAGGGUCGCGGGUGGAGAGGGGCGGAGAGGAGACGGAGAUAAGGGCGUGAAGGCGAGCAGCAAUCGCGAGGAAGAGACAACCUGGCCUCGCGACCGUGGAUCCCAAAGGCGGUCCGUUUUCGUCCCUUUCACUCGGGACGUUUUUUCUUCCCCCUUCCUCCACGAAAUCGCUACACCUCUCGGAGGUUUCUCUGUCCCCUCGUCUGCCUUGUCUCCUCUGAAAAAGACCCGAACAGCCAGGCCGCAAGGCGCUGCCGCAGAGAACACUCCAGGCUGCUCACCCGCUGCGGCUGCCGGCAGUCUGUGCUGCGCCGGGGCGCAUGCGGAGAUGCCUGCAGAGCUGACUGAAGAAGGAAAGAAAGAGAUCGAGGAAGAGAAGGAGGUUGGCAAGGAGGGUGUGGGAAAGACAGUGUGCACCGAGGCGGCGUUGGCAGCAGCCCUGGAGGCCGCGAGAGAGGCAGCUGCGCGUCAAGACGGAGAUUUCGAGAGCGAAGAAGCGAGGCUGGCGGCGGCGGUGCAACGCAGCAGGGGGUCUUCUGCGUUCCGGCAAAACUUCCUUUUUGAAGACGAAGUCGAGGAAAAGGACGACGAGUGGAUAGAUGCUCGCAAACAAGGAAACAACCCUGUCGUCCUCCUCGUGAUGCGCCGAGGCACCGACCUCGCUCAGCUCGCAGAACUCGACGGCAUCCGCCAUGCAUGCAUCACACCCAUUCCUCUCCAACUGGGAGAUCACAUCUACCGAGCCAUCAAACCUCGAGGCAUCUUGUAA